AUGGCGAACACUGUAGAUAAGACAGUGCUCAAACAAGUGCAGAUUGCUCUUCAGAAUGCCGAUGCUGAGCUUCAAAAUAUCAAUAAGAAAAUAUGGUCCAAUCCCGAACUCGCCUACAAUGAAUAUAUGGCCCACGACAAUAUCUGCGCAAUGUUCGAAAAUUUGGCCACUACACGAUCCCUGAAUUACCAAAUCCGCCGCAAAACAUACCAACUCGACACAUCUUUUGAGAUUGAGUAUAAAAAGGGAGAUGGUGGCCGGGCCCUCGUCUUCAACGCGGAAUACGAUGCAUUACCAGGUAUUGGCCACGCCUGUGGUCAUAAUCUGAUUGCCACAAGCUCAAUCGCGGCGUACAUUGCUACUGUAGAGGCCUUAGAAGCACUCGAUACCUCUUCUCUUCCUGGGUAUACCGUGCGACUGCUGGGCACCCCUGCUGAAGAAGGUGGCGGAGGGAAAUUGAAGCUCAUCGAGGCCGGAGCAUACAAGGGCGUCGAUGCAUGUCUGAUGGUCCAUCCAGUUACGCAGGGAAACAAUGAUGAAUCAGUUCCCAGCAUUCACAUUGCGGGACCCGAAUCUUUGCUUGCUAACAACAAAAUCAAAAUCAACUAUACCGGAUCUACUGCUCAUGCAGCUGGGGCUCCUUGGGAGGGCGUCAAUGCGCUAGAUGCAGUGGUAUCUGCCUAUGUCAAUAUUUCACUUCUCCGACAGCAGAUUUUGCCCUCGCAGAGAGUCCACGGCGUCAUUGUGAAUGGCGGCGAAAGACCCAAUGUGAUUCCGGGCUCCGCAAGUCUGCAUUAUUAUAUACGAUCACCCGAUACAAAGUCAUUGAACGCACUUACAGAUAAAGUUUUGAAGUGCUUUGAGGGUGCAGCAACAGCGACGGGUUGUAAAGUAGAGGUGGAGUGGAUCAACAACUAUCAAGAAUUGAAGAAUAAUCGGCCCAUCUGCGAGGCUUAUAUGGAAACACUGAAAGCAAUGGGCCAUAAUUGUGUCCUCGAUGAUGGUGAAAUCAAAGGCUCCUUGAAGGGUGCCUCUACCGAUAUGGGAAACGUCAUGCACAAAGUCCCCGGUUUCCAUGCUCUGUUCCAAAUUCCGACUGAGGACGGAGCUGGAAACCAUACGCACGGCUUCACGGCCGGGUCUGGUUCACAAGAAGGCUACAGGAGAAGUAUUGUGUGUGCAACCGGUAUGGCCGUGGUUGGUUUGCGAAUCUUGAUGGACGAUGAGUUCGCCAAAUCUGUCAAAGUUGAUUUUGAAAGGGAGAAGUAG